AUGGCGGAUAAUAUCAUCACCCAAGUUAGCCAGGACUCGACUGCAUCCGUCCCUAUGGUCGACGAGAGUAAUGGCAACAUUGACUACAACUCCAAGAUACAUCUUAAUAUCCGUGGCAAGGCAUUCGAAAUCACCAGAGACGAGCUUAUGAGCUUGCCAGAGAGCAUAUUAUUGAGUCUUUUCCCGAAUGGUGUGUUUUUGGAUAUGAAUGGUCAAGUUAUCACCAACUUGACGGAGGACGACGUAGUGUUUGUCAACUUCGAUCCUGAUUGUUUUGAAUACAUCUUUAACGUGUUUGGUGAUGCCCAGAGAAGUUAUAACGAAGGCACGUUAUCUCCACAAGUUUCCGGAACAAGCCGGCUUGACUCUGCUGCGUCCAUAUUGCAAACGAAACCCGCCAUUAUCGUGUUACGUGAGGACCUAGAUUACUACGUGAUUCCACCAGUCGCCGGCUGCACGCAUGCCGACUUUGCCCAUCUUAAGUUGAAGGUGGGAGAUAGCAUCUUGACGAAUAAUUCCGUUUUUUCAGGAUUAGGGUAUAAUCCCGAGUUGCCUCCAGCAAUUAACCAGACCCUCGGCCCAGCCGAGCAGCACUUAUUCGAGAUGUUAUGCUCGUCCGGAUUUGAUAGAACAGAGCUCUGGGGAAGCCGCUCAAUGGAACCACACAAGUGUGUUCUCUCGUCAUUGCUGUUGGUGCGUCUUGUCACACAACCACCUACCCCACCACAGCUGCCGCUGUUACAACCCGUACAAUCCAAUGCAUCCACCCGGUCGAGAUCUAGGUCUCGAAUCGCAACGUUGGCCUCCAGCGCCAGCAGAGCUGCAUCUCGUUCCUUAUCGCGGGCCAGAAAGAACAACGAUACGAAUUACACAAAGCUCUUAUUGUUUUGGAGAAAACCAGCAAGAAAGUGUUGGUGGGCAAACAGUGAGGUGACAGUACCCACUGCGGGUAGUGACACGCUCACCAAGCUAGGGUCCGAGGUGACCGUGAAGGUACACACUCGAAGGGUGUGGACAUUGGAGCUUUCUGUGGUAGGCGUUCAAUAA